GUAUUCACAGUGUAAAAGAGAAAGCAGAGAUACAGUAUCUGGUAUAAAUAAGCAGGUAACAUUUCUGCUCACAGAUAAGUACAUGGCCUUCACAGAUGUUACACUCAAAUCAAAAUUCACAUCUCAGCAAUCAUUGUUGUCUUUUGUACAACGGACAGUAAAGUUAAAAUGCAGAUUGUUUGGAUUUGUGAAUAUUCUUAUGUUUUUUUAUUUAUCACAAAAUAAACACCCAGUCAAUAUUCCAAAACAGACUUGUUUUUAGUUAGUUUUAGUUUAGAGCGCUUUUUCAAAGCUAUAAUUUCAUUUAUUUAUUUUGUAACUAGCAAACAUAUUGUGUGAGGAUAACUGAGAGGAUAACUGGCCUGCACCGGUCUAGUUAUGUGUGUCCUAUUAAUAGGCCUGGCUCAGACUCACAAUGUUCAGCUGUAACCGAACUCCAUCUGUCAAGUCACGUCCUCUCCCCGCUCUCCCUUCUACAGUAUCACUGUAGCCAGGCUAGAGGCACUCUGGUGUGUGCCACCCUCCGAGCCAGACAGACGGCAGGACAGGCAGACAGCUGCCUCUGAGGCCAUCACGCAUUAUGGAGGCUCUGUAUGUCCAACCCUUGGAAGAGGAUGGGGUUAUGAUGAAGGAGGAGGAAGGGGAAAAAAGUGAGGAGCAGGAAGAGGGAGGAACAGAGGCCUCAUCUCCCACAGGUUCCACCACAGACGAGGAAACAGAUGAGGACUCUGAAUCAGAGCCCCCACCGGUCAUUCGGAGGAAGGUGUCAUUCGCCGAUGCGUUUGGCCUCAACCUGGUGUCAGUUAAGGAGUUUGACAAUGCUGAUGUGACAGAGUCCGAAGUCAGCCAGCCCCCUGAGAAGGAGGCAACCCGUCCCUUGGAGGAGUUCUACAUGUCCUGUCUGUUUACAGUCCCCUCGUCACCAGAAGAGCUGGACCAGAGGUUACAAGCGCAGAUGGUUGAGCUGGAAAGCAUUGAGCUCCUCCCGGGAACCACCACACUCCGGGGCAUCAUCCGGGUGGUCAACCUCUGCUACAGCAAGUCUGUUUAUGUCCGAAUGACCCUGGAUCGCUGGACAAGCUACUUUGACCUGUUGGCGGAGUAUGUGCCUGGAUCCAGUGAUAGGAAAACAGACAGGUUCACCUUUAAGUACACUCUGGUUCCUCCCUUUGAGAGAGAGGGGACCAGAGUGGAGAUCUGUCUGCGCUAUGAAACGUCAGUGGGCACUUUCUGGGCUAAUAACAAGGAAAUUAACUAUGUGCUGUUUUGCCACCAGAAAGUACAAGUAAAGGAGCAUGAGCCUCAAGUGCAAGAGGAGAGCACCAGCUACAAGAGCAAGAGGAGCUGUCUCAAAGCUAGGAGGGGAAGUACAGAGGAACAGACCAGUAACACACCAACAGUAGCUGCAGCAGACAAGGCUGACAGAAAGACAAUGGACAGCGCAGAGAUACCAUCAUUGCUAUACUGUGAAGAACACAAACCUUUGGUGGAUAACAUAAAAAUCAGACGCAGAGCAACACGUUUGGCACGUGUGCAGGACUGCCUCUCCCAAAGGAGGCAGCAAGUACCAAUGGCUUGUUCACAUGACUUAGCCAGUGGCCAGAAACUUUCUCAGCCUUCGUGGGAGGACUCUGCCAGCUUUCUCCAUAAAUGGCAAAAGAAACAAUCCAACGAGAGUCCACAGGUGCUGACCUACCACCAGAUUCCUCUGCUUACACUGGACUGGAACAAUGACAAAGCCCAUCAGUGGGGGACUGCUCACAUGGAUGACCUCUGGACUGGGAGAGCUAAAAUGACCUUGUCAAAAACGUCAGUGGAAAAUAAAGAAGAUACAUCAUCUGUUGAUGAUAUUUGGGAGACCUUUCGUAACGGUACAGAUGAUACCACUGAUAAAGAAACCUCCGUGUGCGAUUCAUGGCAGGCAUUUCUUAAUGGGCGGAGCUGUACAGGCCAUUCUGGUGUUCCAGAGUCAGAAUGGCUCCAGACAGCAGCGUCGGUGUCUCCCUCAAAUGAUAAAGAGCCCAAAACCCAAUGUGCAGCAAGCAGUCAAGAGAAUGAAUUUCAGGUGGGCAUGGAUACACCCACCACCUUACAUGCACACACCUCAGCUGCAUGUCAGCUGCUGUCAGACACUUCAUUGAACACUGAAGGCCACCAGCCAGCGGAGGCAUGUGUCACCAGCCUAAAAGAUGACAACACAGUGACACAAGAUGCCCCCCAAAGGUCAGAGACAAACUCCGUUACAGACACUCCGCGGGAAUUUAGCCUCAAGGGGGCAACGCCUGUGUCCGAGGGCUCUGUUGACAGUUCAACUGAGUGUCACAAGCAUGCGAUCUGGGAGCGAGGAAGAGAAGGAAUAAUAGGAGGAGCAGAAAGAAUAGGAGGAGAUGAGCCCUUCACACCACACACAGCUGACUUAGUAACAAGCUCAGGGGAGUCUGAGACAACAGACAUGACAAUAACGCCAGAGUCUCAGAAUACCAGCACCGUUGAUAGGAUCUCACAGGGAGUAAGGCUGGAUGAGGGUCUUUCUUCCAGCAGGGAAGGGGAGGUUACAGGUAUUGCACACAAUGCGAUGGAUGACACGCUGGCAUUUAGGGAGACAAUCCAACAGGGGACAAAGAACGGGGAGAGGUUUGUCUAUUCCACAUCCAGGCAAGACAUGGAGGAAGGGAUAAUGAAUAACUGUAUGGCAUAUAAAGUAUCUAGAGAAGAGGAGAUAUUUAGGCCACAUAAAACAGAAGAGUGUGAAAUCUCCCAAAGGUAUGCAGAUGAAAAGCAAUGUGAGGAGUUCAGGCUGAACCAAAACAGUGAAAAUCCAUUACAGGAGAAUGAGAGAGAUGAAAAUGAAAUAAGACCUGCACGGUCACAUGCAGAUGAAUUCAAUCCAAACCAAACGUGUGAGGGCAAUUUCAAGCAAAGCCAAAUAAUGGCAAGUGAAUUCAAAUUUGAUGAAUCAGAGAACAAAGAUUUAGCAUCAAAUAGCAAAGGCCUGGAAGUAUUCAAAAAGACAGAGGUGGAACCUUCCCAUUGUACAACAAGCAAAGGAACUAAGAGACUAAUUGGUGCAGAAGCAGAAAUGAUCAAAGUAUUAAAUGAGGACGAAGCUUUACAAUUUAAUUCAUCAGUGCAGACUGGAAACACAUCAAUAAUUUUGAAAGUACAUAAUAAACAGUCAGGUCCAAUCCAAGCAGGGGAAGGGCUGUGCAUUCAGAAAGAGGAAGAGGACUCAACACUGACACAAAAACAGGAGAAUGUUUUUUUGAUAUCUGAAACAAGUGAACAUGUAUUAGUCUCAAGUCAGACAGAGGAAGGAACAUGCUUGAGUUGUGAUGAAAUAAUUGAGGAGAAACAGGAAAUGAACACGUCAGCACAGACAAGACACACAGUGGAAUCAAGGGAUGUGAAAAAGGGCCUCCAAAGUGACCAUGAUACAUUCAGACCUUUUCCAACAGAUACAUGCAACCCAAACCCCGUGGAGGUGGUAGAGAUGAGAUGGACUCAUUCACAGGAGGAUAUAAAGAGUCAAAAAGAGGAUUUAGGGUGUGAAAGAAGCCCAGAAGAAGUUGUGGCGAAGGAGAACAUAGCAAAGAAAGACACUUCAACAGAACUUCAACAGCAACCUGAGACAUUAGAAAGAAUAGAGGAAGAUAUGAGUCAGAGAGACAGAGAUGAGAGGGUGAGUAUUGGAAAGCUGAAAAUAGUAGCAAUGGGGGAGUUGAUGGGUAAUGUGGAGAACCCUCAGGGGGAGAGGAAGAAUGCACCAGCUGAAUUGAAAGAACAAGAGUUGUCAGCAGAAGUUGAGGGUUCUCCAGGUGUUGAACAUGAAAAAUUGUCAGGAGGAACAAAAGACCCUAUUACAGCAGAACAUGCUGUAGUAGCUGAAGUGAUAGAGUCGGGAUUGGAGGAGAUGUUCAUAGAAAGCUUUGGAGAAGAUUUGGUCAGGAGGGUUUGGGAAGAGGUGUUUUGUCGGAGAGUGCAUGCUUCAGAUAGAGACACAAAUAUUGUUGAUGGAAUGGGGGGAAAGCUGUCAGACGUACCCGAUAUUUCACAAGAUUGCCGUCUCCUUGUUCAGAAAGACUUGAAUGAUGCUCGUGAUUCAGGCGUAUUUUCCUUGGCAGAAUUACCAACAGAUCCAAAUUUAAUUCUCUGUCAAGGCCUAGAGCAAACCUUAGUGACUAAGAGCAAUGAAUGCUCCCCAAAAGAAAGAAGUCAGUCAUUCACCACAGCAAAACCCACUCCCUUUCUCUCAGAAUCUCAGACAGAUGCAACUUCAAGUGCUCAUCUCAGUCAAGAGCCAGCUGCGCAGAGUAGGCAGUCAUCAACUGAAUCAGCCCAAAGCUCUCCAGAGAAUCAGGAAAAUUAUACUCAAAUAAAAGAAAUAUCAGUCGACUUUCAGAAGACAGGUAGACAAAAAGAACACUGUGUGGAUUCCCACAAGGAGAGUUUUAAUCACCCAGCCCACCCAUCUCACAAACAUCAGAGUUCCUCCUUUGAGAAAUUAAAAGAGCCCGACAGUCUCAUAUGGUGGAGUAUGAUAUACAUCCUCAGUCACAUCACCAGACUUCUAAUCUGCGCCCUCUUAGUCGCUGGAUUAUUCUUCCUCUUUUUCCUGUAUGAUUUCCCAGCAUUCGUUGCACUCUACAUAUCUUCAUCGUGCUGGUGGUUUUAUAAGUGGCAGAGACAUAGAGUGACGACAAACAAGGGCAUGGUGGGAUAGGCCGAGAGUUAAGAAGUAA